GUUGGUGCAGGUGUGGAGGAGUGCAACAGGCGACUGAUACGAUGUGCCAUCCACCUGCGCGAGUACAAUGACGCGCUGCUGAUCAACGACACACUGCUGAUGGAGGACGCGCUGUGUUCUCUGAAGGACUUCUACAGAGAGACCACCAUCAUCGACGACACCGACCGUUUCCUGGUGAAUCUUUUCCAAGAUAACCAAGCCAAACUGACGACGUUGGCGCGCGACCUGCGUUUCACAAACCCCAAGAUGGAGCAGCUGGAGAGCACCCUGCGGAGGCACUUCUCUCCCAGCGUAGAGUCCAGAGGAAUCGUCUUCAGCAAGACCCGCAAGAGCACGUCCUGCCUGCACCAGUGGGUGCUCGCCAACGACAGCCUGCGCUCAGCCGGCAUCAAGUCCGCCAUCAUAACCGGCAGCGCCGGCAUGACACAGCAAGAUCGCGACAAAACCAUCCGGAACUUCCGCCUGGGCUCCGUCAAUCUCCUGAUUGCCACCAGCGUGGCCGAAGAGGGCCUGGACAUCCACCAGUGCAACCUGGUGGUGCGUUACGGCCUGCUGACCAACGAGAUUGCCCAGCAGCAGGCUAGCGGUCGCGCCCGCGCCCAAGACAGCCACUACUCUCUCGUGGCAGAGCGCGGCAGCCGCGAGGAGCGACGCGAGCACCUCAACACUUACCUGGCGGGCCUCACCGCCAAAGCCGUCGACAAGAUCCACCAGAUGAGCCCGAGAGAGUUCAGAGCAAACGUGAGU